AGGAUCAGAAAGCAGAGAAGGCAUGGAUUGCAUCUGGAAAACAGUUGUUUGGUCCAUUUGGAUUGCUAGAAACCAGAAAAUCUUCCACAACAAAGAGAGAAAGUCUGCAAUGAAAAAUCCGAAGGCUGGCUUCCGAAGGCUGAAAACUGAGAUGCAAGAGAUCAGUAAGGAACAACAAAGCAUCAAGGAAGGACAAAAACAAGUGAGAGAAAAACUUGAAGACAUUGAAGUUGAAUGUGCACAACUCAGGAAGGAUACGGAUCGGACCUCAUGAUCAGGCAGAGUGCUGCGAACAAGCUUAAUCUGUGUCUCAUGUUCAAAAUCCUUAAGGCCAGUGAAGAAGGCGAUUUUCUUAAGGCCACCCAGCUUGCUCAAUUGCUUCGCACAAUAUUGAGCAGGCAGAAUGAGCAAAGGCAGGGAUCUACGUAAUGGACAAAUAAGGAACAAAGGCAGGGUAACUAUAUAAUGGACAAGCAAGGAAUAAUUAUCAGUAGGAUUAAGCUAGUUGUUACUAUGUUCUAUCUUCCCUUUUUUUUAUAUUUUGGUGGAACCUCAUGCUGUGUUGUUCUGGCUAUUGUCAAACUCAGUGUUCUUCAUUUCCAGUUUUAUUGUGUUGAAUUGCAGACUUAAUAUAUAUUGAACUUUAUU